AUACGCUGUGGUUGGCUAUUAAACAUCUGAAAUUUUCUGACAUCUGAUUGUGAGUGAAGCCGGUUGGCAGCUAAACAAUUUAGAUAAAAAUUAUAACCAUGCAGAGAAAUUGCGGCACGGAUAUUUCCGUGCCAUCUCGCUUCGCCUGCCUUAAAAUCGAAGACGAUGAAUUUAGACCUGUAGUAAACAAAAAUUCUAAGAAAAAAAACGAUAAAAAGCCCACAAAUGCGAAUACAAAUAAAAAACCAAAUAAACAAGUGACUAAUGGACAACAAAAGAAAAAGUCGAAGGCAAAACAGGAGGACAAGCAGUGGGAAGAAUGGAAGAAAAAAGAUGAUGAACUGGUCAAUGAUCAUUAUCAACAAGAUUUGCAAUGUGCAAUACUUCAAUCUAAGCUGGAAUUUGAGCAGAAAAAAAGAAACCCUCCGGUUGUACAAAUUACUGAAGUCUCAACGCUCAAGAAGAAAAAGAGUAAGACCAUGUCUUUAGAUGAGUUCCUUGAACAGAGAACUGUAAAUGAGAAUGUUGCACCAAAGGAUGAUGAUGUUGAUCCCAACUUUUUUGAUAAAAUAUCUGCUACAGUAAAGAAGGAGCUUACGAAAGAAGAAAUUAAUGCCAAGAGAUGGGAAAGGGAAAGAAAUAUUGAUGAAGUAAUUUCCCUAGCUCAGUAUCAAGCUAAAUAUGAGCAAGAAAAAGAAAAGAAUGCUACUCUAACCAAGGAAUUAGAAAUUGCUCAUAAAGAACUUGCUAUUGUUAAAGCUCGAAAUGCUACAUUAUGCAGUCUGUUAAGUCAGGGAGAAAUGAAGGACAAAGCAUCUGUCUUGUUGGAACUGGAAAAAGUUACAACAAUGAAGGAGGAUCUAACAGAAGAAGUAGGCAAAUUACAUAAACUGUUGGAGCAAGAAAGAUCCAAAGCAAAUGCCAAUAAUGGUGACAAGAAUAAGGAAAAGAAACGCAAGAAAUAAUAAGUUUUGGAAAGACGAGUUAUUAGAAGACUGUUUUUAUUUUGUGAUGUUUUGCAUGCUAUUUAGUGUGUUAUUAUUUAGUUUAGAUUAAUAGAAUGUAACUUAUUUUAAAGAAAUCAGUCUCUUCAAUUUAAUUUGAUCAAAGUACAUUGAGUAAUAUAUUCUCAAACUGUGAUAACAUUUUAGGAAUCAUUUAAUAGUAUUAUUUUGCAGUAUUUUUUUUUAAUGAAAUUAUGCUAAAUGUUCUAAUCUUGUUCAAAUUUGAAGAGACUUUGAAAUU